UCCAUCACUUCUCAAUACUACCAUGAGCCAACACCAUGAAACAAACCCUCAUUUCGUCAGACCAUCGUUGUCACAAGGAUCGGAUCAAGACCAAGACCAUCUUCUCGGGCCAACCAGUCCAAGGGGGCCGCAACCCCGUAAAGAAGGCCGGUCCCAUCUGACUGGUCAGGGGCAGCCUGGGAAGAAGCGUCCAGAAAAGCAAACGCGGCCACCCCGAGCAGAUCCCCAGCCUGCACGCGCUCCAUUGGCGCCACAUCGAGGCCAUCAGGAGGACCGAUACUACCCACCGUAUCCCCGCCAUCACGACAACCAACAAAACCUGCAGCAACCAAGUUCACCGCCGCUGCAACAGCGCCAUCAUGCAGACCAUCCCCAGCCAGACCAUCAAAAGCCGCAUGGUUCACCCACGCCAUCCACGCACCAGCAGGACCAAACUCGCAGGCCACAUGGUUCAGUGGCACCGCCGCUUUCGCAGCACCUUGGAGACCAACAUCCAAGGCGAGAACCACGAUAUAAUCACGGCCUGCGGAUGCCAGAACCCGACAAGAAGAAAGCCUUAACAUGGUUCACCUUAGUCUUCUGCACAAUCUUCUGGAUUGUCAUAAUUCUAGGAGGCCUGAUUGUGCUCAUUGUCUACCUCGUCUUCCGCCCACGCAUCCCGAAGUUUGACGUGUCCACCGCAACGCUAAACGCAGCCUACCUUGACAUGGGCUAUCUGCUCAAUGCUGAUCUCACCUUGUUGGCAAACUUCACAAACCCGAACAAGAAAGUGAGCGUGGACUACAGUUACAUGUACGUCGAGCUUUACUAUGGAAGGACGCUUAUUGCUACACAAGCCAUAGAGCCUUUCUCCGCGCCGAGGACUGCUGCAAGGUUCGCAAAUCUUCACAUGGUAACUAGCCAGGUUCGGCUUUCAGAGCUCGAAAUCCAGAGGCUCAAGAGGCAGACACUGAACAAUGGGGUGAUAUUUGAGGUGAAGGGCUUUUUCCGGGCAAGAUCUAACCUCGGUGGUUUCUUAAGGUACUCGUAUUGGUUGCAUGGCCAGUGCACUAUUAUGGUUAGGAGACCUCCUGAUGGGGUCCUAUCCGCAAAGAAAUGCAAAACAAAGCACGGAUAAAGGCAAUAACAACAUUUUUCAUUCAAAUUUGGAUAUGUACACACAAUCCCAUAAAUUUGUUCUUUCAUUUUUGUAUUCUACGGGGAUUGAGAAUUAUCCAUUUUGUGCGGUAGUGAUUCCGAGUAAGUUUGGAAAAUGUUGUCACAAGAUGGAUUAGCUGGUGGUAGAUAGUGAUCUAUAUUCUUUUACAUGCCGUGAUCAAGAAUUCAAGAGAUAUUUGUGUUCCAUAUUAUAUGCUCAAUUAAAAUGGAAAUGGUUAUGAUAACUUGUUAAUUCUUCGCUAGCC